UCAUUUGUGAUUCGGCGGCCAAAUUGGAAUUAGGGUUUAUAACAUAUUUCUCGAAUUAAGUUUUGAACAGUUUUUGCAAAACAUGUUCUGUCUUAGCGAGCUGGAAGAUACAGUAAGAGUGCAUCCGUCUAACCUUGGCAGCCCCCUCGAAGAUGCCAUUAAGACAGAGCUUAAAGAGCUGUUCUUGGACAAGGUGUUGUCCAUUGGCCUUUGCGUAUCGAUUUACGACAUUAAAUCAGUCCAAGGAGGGUUUGUUUUACCCGGUGAUGGUGCUCCCACCUAUAAGGUACGUUUCAGAAUUGUAGUGUUUCGUCCAUUUGUUGGUGAGGUCAUAGCUGCAAAGUUCAAAGAAUCUGAUUCCAAUGGCUUACGCUUAACACUUGGAUUCUUUGAAGAUGUUUAUGUGCCUGCUCCACUUAUACCCACACCUAACCGCUGUGAGCCUGACCCUUACAAUAGGAAUCAGAUGAGAUGGGUGUGGAAAUAUGGAGAUGACGAGUUUAUUAUCGACGAUUCAUGUCAGAUCAAGUUUCGAGUUGAGAACAUCAGCUAUCCACCUGUUCCAAUUGAGCGAGCAGAGGACGCAAAGCCUUUUGCUUCUAUGGUGGUCACUGGGACUAUAGAUGAUGAUGGCUUGGGGCCUGUUUCUUGGUGGGAGGCUUGUGCCCCGAUUAGUGACGACGACGAAGAUUGAGAGAGACCUGAGCAAAACUUCUAUCUCCAAAUUGAAGACCUAGAAUUGUUUAGUUGGGAAAUUUUACGCUGUUGCCAUUGAUCGAACCUGGUUACCCGCGUUACAUAACCACUGUACUACAACAGACAUUUUUUUUGCCUAGGCCUUUUUCUUUUUGUAGUAUAUAUAAAGAAAACAAUGUGAUUGAUUCUUGUGCUCAUAGCAAUCAAAAUAAGACUCUAUCAAGAUUUUAAACAAUAAAA